AUGUCUUACAUACUCCCGCAUCUGCCCAAUGGCUGGCAGGUAGACCAGGCCAUUCUUUCUGAAGAGGACUUUGUGGUUGUCAUUCGGUUAGGGCAGAACUGGGACCCCACCUGUCUGAAGAUGGACGAGGUUCUGUACAGCAUCGCUGAAAAGAAAUGGAAGAUAGCGGGAGAUCUUCCUCAUCUCUUAUGA